AUGGACCAGCGGCCGCCAUCCAAUAACGGCCUCCCCGUGCACCGGGUUCAGUUUUCCCCUACACAGCACAGAAACCCCGGCCCGGGUAGACACUGGAUCCGCCGGAGAUUGCCACGGUGGCUGCGCAGCAGUCGACGGCUGAUAGACGGGGUGGUAGUCACGGAAGAACGAGGUAUGCCUCCGACCGACCUUACGCGCCGACAGGCCUCGAGGGCUUUUGCGACCGUUUUUCGGCGCGGAGGAGUACUGCAGCCCUUUCGCCUCAUUGGGCAAGACUUACGUAACCUUCGUUCCCGUUAUGUCUCGGACUGGACAGUAUUCAACCAGCUGGUCUUUGCCAGCGCGGUAUACGUCUUUUUCACAAAUAUCCUCCCCGGCAUCACCUUCGCCAGCGACCUUGACGUCCUCACCGGCCAGUCGUGGGGCACCAUCGAGGUGGUCUUUAGCACCGGUCUCUGUGGCCUCAUAUUUUCGCUGUAA